GAGCAGAGGGCUGGAUCUGCGGUAUGUGGUGAGUGUAGCUCCGUAUCCACGGCACAGUCCGACUGCGUGGGGCGUUCAUUUUACGCGUCGCACCUAUCGCAUGGCUUCAGAGUUUCUAGCCCAUUGCUGAGAAAUUCACUGCUUCUUCAGGAUUACUGGCACCAAGGAAUAAGUGCUCCUGCUUUAACUCCACACUGGGGACAUUUUAAAGCGAAGUUGAGCGCAGAGCUUAAACUGCAGUAUUGUUUUUAUUAGAAACUACUAUUUGAGCCGAAACGGAAUUCAAGUCGCAUUUUGUUUUUUGGGGGAUUGUCGCGGUUUCCACUUUUUACAUCUGUGUAGUUGUGGCUCUAACGAGGAGGAGUGACGCCGUUUAAGAGCCACUUUUAGAGCGAAGGGAGAGACCAUUUGCAGAGACUUGCUAGCUGCACGCCAAACCACCGUGUGUGCACAGCGUUAUUAAUUUUCCAAGCGUUUAGCUCCGUCGCCACCACCGCUUGUGUUAAGGCGAUGAAUCAUUUUGACUGACAGCUUUUGAGGGAUCCGCUAGCUUUAGCUCAGAGCUGCUGCCGUGAUGGUGCUUUCCUCUUCACUGAAACAGUAGAUCUAUGUGGGGGCAGGCACCGCAGCUCAAAAUAUUAGUAUUUUACUUCGCUCCUAGCUCUCAAGUGUCUCCAUUUUGGGGGAGCGGAACGCUAGCUACAGAAAGCUAAUCAAUUUGCUAACGCUGGACAGUUCCUGUUACAGACAAAUCUCUAGCUUUGGACAAAGGACCAACGUCAGGAAAAUACUGUAUAACUACUACGAGGCACGGCCGUGUUUUGGACGGGCAACACCAAACAAGAGACUGUCAUGAUGUUUCCACAAUCCAGACACUCAGCUUCAUCACAGCAGCUGAAAUUCACAACCUCAGACUCAUGUGACAGAAUCAAGGAUGAAUUCCAGUUUCUUCAAGCACAGUACCACAGCCUCAAGCUCGAAUGUGACAAGCUGGCCAGUGAGAAGUCAGAGAUGCAGCGUCAUUAUAUCAUGUAUUAUGAGAUGUCCUAUGGGCUCAACAUUGAGAUGCACAAACAGGCUGAAAUCGUGAAGAGAUUAAAUGGGAUCUGCGCACAAGUGCUGCCCUACCUGUCUCAGGAGCACCAGCAGCAGGUCCUGGCAGCGAUCGAGCGGGCCAAGCAAGUCACCCCCCCAGAAAUGAACUCCAUCAUCAGGCAGCAGCUUCAGGCUCACCAGCUGUCCCAGCUCCAAGGUCUGGCCCUGCCCAUGACGCCACUGCCUUUGGGCUUGAGCCAGCCCACCCUCCCCGCGGUCACCACCUCGUCCGGCCUCUUCUCUCUCUCCUCUCUGCUGGCCUCCCAAGCCCAGCUGGCCAAGGAGGAGAAGGCAUCCCGUGAUGGAGUGGACAGCCACCGCGAAGAGGAUGGAGACAAAUCUGAUUAGUGUUUCUUUACAAAGACCUGAGUCCCCCAAGCAUGUCAUGUGGCCCACUGCCUCCCUCCGUCUACAGUACGCUCAUGCACACCAAACUGUGCCCACCUGCCCUGCCAACAAGUCUUGCCUCUGCCAGCUUCACCGGGAGGGACUUGGCCUUUUUAAUGUAGUACUGCCAUCUUGUUCCUCCGAACGCACCAGGGUCCCUGCUCUGUUUCUUGUGAUUCUGCUUCAUUUUUUUUACAUUAGCAUUUCUUUAUUUCUCUAGAGUGAGAAAUCCAUAUUCAUCUGACUGCUCUGUGAGACUGAAUGCUACUAGUUAGCCCAACACACACACUGGUGAAGACAUGUGUUCUCUUGUGUACAGUGUAUACAAAUCAUGAUCCACUAACUCUUUUGCCAAUUUAUAUUGCAUGUUUUUAUUUGAAGAGUGGUGCCUCCCGGUUUCAUGUACUGUUGAAACAUGUAAUGAUCCAUAUUUCACCUAUCCAAAUGAUAUCGCAAAAUCAAACGCAACGUAUUGUGUAUUAAUCUCAAUUUGACCGAACAUAGCUUCUUGAGAUGAAGCCAGUAUCAAAGCAACGGACAGUGAUCAUGCAUGUAGUGGGUUUGACAGCAGAGGGCAGUGUGUCUCUUUGAAGAAACCUCUGUAUUUGCUUUAGGCCUGAGCAGAACAAUGACAAGACUAUGACAAAGCACAGGCUGGGUCACAAUAGAGAGGCAUAUUCAUCUGGUCUGAUGGAUACACAUUUAAAAACACACACAUUCUUUUGGGUUUGGUCGCUCUUUGAGGUAAUCAGUAUAACUGCAGGGGGGACCAGUUGCUGCACAAUGCAGUAGCUCCAAAAAGUACAGUUGUCCCUGUAAUAAAUUUAAGUAUAAAAAGACUCUCUCACACAUGUGCUACACAGGUCCGCAGUGCCUGUAUUUUCAUUAAUUUGGAAAAUAGCGAUUCAUCAGUUGGUCUUUAGUUGUAUCCAAAAUCCCCAGUAUAUUAUUUAUUUGUAUUUAAUGAAUGCUUCAAUAACAGUAGUAACAUUUAUCAAAGCAUACAUCAAAUUAAACCACAAAUGCACCAUUUGCCCUUACUUUGUCAUCAGUCAAUUUACCCUUAAUCUCUUAACCUGGUUACCAUAACAUUUCUGGAUUGUUCUUUUAACACAGUGGUGCAUAGUGCAGUUUGUUUCAAAAUGUAAAUUUGCUGUGUAGUAAAUACAAAAUUCACUUGAGCAGAUCAAAGCUGGUGCAGCCACUGCAGCAGAGGUCUAUGUGAGAGUGGACACAGUUUUACUACUAAAGGAACUUUACCAAUAACUACACUAUUAGCUUAUAGUUUUUUCUCCUCAAGUGUGUGUAUGUGAAUGCAUAUAGAAGCGCUAAGCCAUGUUCCAUCUCAUCGACCUGUGGUUCUUGUUAGGAGCAGAGCGCCAAGAUCUCAAGUAACAGGGAAGAAGACAUGCCAUGAUGCUACUCCUGCCACAUACUGGACCUAGCUACAUGUUGUCUGUAGUGAUGUGAAGCACAUUAGCAUCAGCAUUAUACUGCAUGUCUGCAGGAAAAAUGAUACAGAAUAUUUUGGUCUAAACUUGUGUGAUUGAUGCACUUGUUUAUUUCUCCUCUUACACAUUUUAGAAUAAACUGUCCGCAGGGAGCCCUCCUUCUGGGUUAAAGAGUAGAAUUUCUCUGUAUUUGUUGAAGUAGUUGAGGCAAGGCCUCUGUAAACAGAUAUACAUAGAGAGCUUUAUGUGUAUUGGCUGCCUCUUCUGUCUGUCCUGGAUGAUUCUUGUGCUUGUAUUGCAUUACUGAUGUGACACCAGGGGGACUGCAGUACCACAACCUCUCCCUGAACCUCUUCAUUCUCUCCAAGUUCUGCCCUCCUCUACACCUCGACUUUGACCCCUGAUGCAGUAAGCAUUUUCAGCUUUGUAAAGGUCUUUUUAAAUACUCAUUUUGUGUAUAAUGUAAAACCUGAAAGUGUGUACUUUGGCAAAAAAUGUUUUUGUGUCUGAUAUCAUAGCUUCAUUUAAACAUACAAAAAAUGCGUAAAAUCAAACAAAAAAAAAGUACAGCAAACAUUUACUAUAAAUACAAUGAAAUGUUCUGCAGUAAGAAAGGACUUCUGGUGCCUUACAAAUAAAGUCAAUC